AUGGAAUACGACCACAAGGGCGUAGUGGUCGGGUCUUGCAAUGGUUUGGUUUGUGUUGGAGAAAGUAACAAAGAUGUUAACCUGGUCGAUCCUGUCAAACUUUGCAACCCUCUUACUGGAGAAUAUGUUUCACUUCCAAGAUUCAAAUUGACUCAAAAAUUAGCAAGUGAUGGUAAUAAUUGUCGUAACUUAGCAAGUGGAUUUGGUUAUUGUCAUUCAACUAAAGAAUACAAGGUUGUCAGAAUAUUUAGUCAGAAGGGAGAUUUGAGACAUGUGCAAGUAUAUACAGUUGGAGGGCAGUGGAGAUGCAUACGAUCUAAGUUGAGGUAUUUCAAUUGUGCAUCAUCAGGCAUCUAUGCUAAUGGGUCUCUUCACUGGUUAGACCAGAAUUAUAGCGAAAUGCCAGAACUUAAAAUCGUUGCAUUUGAUUUGGAACAUGAGAAGUUCUAUCCAGUGCCAAUGCCAACAGAUGCAACAUGUUAUUCUGUAGUGCAAAAUAACUUCACGGAUAUAUGGGAAUAUAAGCUUAAGAGAAAGAAGAAUUCUAAUGCCAUCACUAGUUCCGAUAUGAAAAAGAGGAACCAGAAAUAUCACAAGAAUUCGUGGCAUUGGAUUAAGGAGUUCAGCAUAGAGGGUGAAGCAGCAGCCAAGUUAAAACCAUUCGCGAACACAAGAAACAAUGAAGUUCUAUUGUGGUAUAAAAGCGUGUUUAUCUACUGUUACGAUCCUAAAACUUCAACCCUGAACAGGCUUUGGGAUGCUAAGGGUAUGGGAUGCUCGCAUAUAGAGGUGACUCCGCACAUCCCCAGCAUUGUUUCUUUGGAAGAUUUGGGAGAAACUAAUGUUAAGAGCUACAGAACUGCAACAUGA